ACACAAAAGAAAGUAAGCAUGAGAUUCUUCGAUCAACAAUAGUAACUAGAUUUCGGGUCGGUGCAUAAAAUCCGUCUCGUCAAAUAACAGCGCACUUGAAAUGUGAGCUCUUAUUUUGUUUAGUUCACUUCAAACACAGCCAAUGUCAACCCGUCUCACAAUACCGCAGUGUGUAUUCAAAAGUUGCAAAAAUAAGGCCCGAAAAAGCAAUUUAACGGCCGGAGUAUCUUACUUUCGCUUUCCUAGCAAUCACGUGUGCAGAAUGGAUCUCGAUUGUCGCCAGAGAAAAAAGAGAUGACUUUUAUAAGCCAGCUAAGAACUCCGCUUAUUGACACUGGACAUCUUUGCCUUCCGAGCUCACGGCUACUGAAAUGUGGCCGAAACAUUUCGUAUCCUGGGGUAAUCCACGGGGUGAUCCAAUACUGCUAAUACACGGUCGUCAGGACAGUGUGGCCACCUACAUUCCAUUACUGGAACUGCUCCCGGAUAAAUAUUAUUAUGUUGGAUAUGACAUGCCCGGACAUGGAAAGUCAGAUGCUUUCCCGAUUGGCGUAAAGUUAUCUAGGCUUCAUUUCACGCCCGUUAUAGAAUACGUUGCUAAGCAUUUGGGUUGGACGACGUUUACAUGUAUGGCACAUUCUAUGGGCGGCGAACAAGCCAUGUUCUACAACGCUAUCAAUCCGGGCCAAAUAAAAAAACUGAUUCUCCUCGACGUGGGUCUUUCGUUGCAACGUUUACAAAUGGUGCCGAUGAAUGAAUAUUACAAAAGUUUUUAUGACGCUCACUACGUCGACUACCACAAACAGAUUUCAGAGAGGAAAGCUUACAGCAAAGAGGAAGCUUUGAAAGCUGUCGUCAAAGCUAGAGGCGUUAAUAGAGAACAAGCUGAGAUAAUUCUAUCUAGGAACUUGAUUGAAAUCGGAGAUGACAGAUUUGUCCUAUCUUGGGACAACAGAUUGAAGUUACUAGCACCCUCAAACUAUCCAAAAGAAUAUUACUAUGAAUUGUUCUCGAGAAACUCUCCUCCCACUUUAUUGCUGCGAGCCACCGAAGAAAGAGGGGGUUCAGCGGACAGAAUACAAGCCGUCAAGGAAAUCCUUACCAAAAUGGAGGAGAACUGUGGGAAUUUUCUUAUCGUGUCAGUGACGGGUGGACAUGACGUUCAUCUGACAAAUCCGGAGCGCUGCGCCAAACAUAUCUCCGAAUUUUUGGAUAAGGACUUCGGGAAAUCUAAACUGUGAUUGGAUAUUUAAUAAAAUAAUAAACCUAAA